UGGCUCAUUAAUGAGAAACAACUGGACGUGUUUGGGAUGAAGCUCCCCACCGGCUUCCAGCUCAUUGGACAAGUGGGUUUGUCAGACUACACAAAGUGGCUCACACACUACUCCACCAAGCAGCAAGACAAUCCUGCUAAACCAAUCACAUGCCGAUCAUUCGCCCGGGUUGGACUUAUGGGGAAUCCCUCAGAUGGCUUCAAUGGAAAAACCAUCGCCAUGUCAAUCUCUAACUUCUGGGCUGAGGUCACUCUAGUGGAGAGCCAGACUUUGGUUUUGGUCCCUCAUCCUCUUAAUGACCCGACAGAGUUUGGAAGCCUACAGGAUCUAUUCUGUAUCAGCAGAAAGGAAGGAUACCUGGGCGGUCUGCGGCUGCUGCAGGCUACCUGUAAGAAGUUCUACCAGUUCUGCUCCAAACAAGGUAUUGCUCUGACAAAGCAGAACUUCACUCUGAAGUACGACACCAACAUUCCUCGGCAAGUGGGCCUCGCAGGAAGCAGUGCCAUCGUCUCGGCCACCCUGAAGUGUCUUAUGAAAUUCUACAACAUAACAGAAAACGAUCUCCCGAAGCCAAUCCGAGCCAACUUCAUCCUCAACGUGGAGACGGAUGAACUUUUCAUCACGGCUGGCCUGCAGGACAGAGUCGUACAGGUCUAUGAAGGCUUAGUCUACAUGGAUUUCAGCAAGAAGCUCAUGGAGGAGCAGGGAUAUGGAGACUAUGUUUUAAUGGACAUGAGUGAGCUCCCACCCUUCUGGCUGGCUUACCUGAGCGACCCUAGUGACUCCGGACGUAUCCACAGCAACAUCCGACAGCGCUGGCUCAGUGGAGAGCCUCUGGUAGUUGAAGCCAUGAAGACCUUUGCAGAGCUCACAGAUCAAGCAAGGACGGCUCUACAGGACAAAGACUGGAGCCACCUGGCACAGCUGAUGGACCAGAACUUUGAGCUGCGGCGGACUGUCUACACUGACGACUGUCUGGGUCCUGGAAACCUCAAGAUGGCUCAGCUGGCGAGGAAGUUUGGCUCGGCGGUGAAGUUACCCGGCAGUGGGGGCGCUGUGGUGGGUCUGUGCCUGGAUAAUGCCAGAUUGGUGGAGAUGAGGCAAGCUUUCCAGGAGGCAGGCUGUGUCUUCUGUGUCAUCACACCGUACGUCCCAUCUGCCAGCGCGACGAGCGGCCAACACUGACUCACAUCUCCCCGGGACUCCGUCAGGCUGCUAAAGUAGGCUACAACUCAUGGCCAUCAGGAGUACGACAGACAGUCGCUCUCAAAGACUCCACGUGCCAAACCAUGAGAAUUAUCCGUAACAAAGUGAUCAGUCACAUGAAGGCAUGAAAAAAAUCUGAUUAGCUGGAAAAUUCAUUCCUCUUUGGUGGUAGUUAAAAUGAAAAUGAACCAGACUGAACAAAUAAUGUGAGCUCUAAAAAAUGGGGUCAGACUACACAUUUCAAUUAGUUUAAAAUCAAAAGAGAUUCAGGACUUUAAUGAUCAUAGGACGUUUAAUAAUUAUCCAGUUUUGUACAAUUUAUGAUACAUAAUAUAAAAAUGUUGUUUUUUAACAAGUGAAUGUAUAGUAAUAAUUUUAAUGUAAUCCUGUUUGUAUAACGAUGUAUUAGGGUCAUUUCAAUUCAUUUCAGUCAUAUUUUGGAAUGAUUAAAGUCUUUUGUUUAUAAAAUGUAAGAUGUAAAUUUGCAAGAUUAAAGUUGUUAUUUAAAUCUAUGGUUAUAGGUGUUACUUUGAAAGGUCAUUUCAGAAAAGCGCUCAAAUGAGGACAACAUAAAUCUUGUUCAUUUCUGACAAUCUUGUGAAUUUAUGACUUUAAUCUUGUAGAAUAACAACUUAAGUCUCAUGACUUUCUUCUCAUAAAUUUUCCAUUUUAAUCUUGGUUAUUUAUGACAAUCUUGUGAAUUUACUUCUUUAAUCCUGUAAUAUUAAGACUUUCUUAUCUUUCGACUUUUUCCCUGUGAAUUACAAAUUUCUUCUCAUAAAUGUACAACUUGUAUCAUUAAGACUUUAAUCUUAAAAUCUCUCUAUGUGGCCCUAAUACUCAGUUGUGUAUUUGCUUUGAAUAAAAUAUUUUUAUUUUUAUAGAUUUUUUAAAAAUCAAACUUUUGAUUAAAAAAAAAAACAUUAAUAUAAGAAAAACUUACCAAAGCCAUUUAUUCUCCAUAUGUCACAGUGGGAUCUUAUUUAAUUUCCAGUUUGACUCCUAAAAAAGUUAUACAAUGUUUAAAAGAUAUUAUAUCAAGCAUUAGAUUUGUCCUAAAAUAAAUUAUCUUGUUGUAAUCUUUGUAUGAUGAAUUUUAAUUUUAAUAUAAAAAUGAUAUGCUA